AGAGUCACACGCUGCAGCACAACAAUAAUAAGGAAGUGUGGGGGAAGAAUUGAGAAGUUGUUUCAUCUUUUCUCUCAUGGGGUUAAAACGAUGAGCUUUUUAGCCGUUUUUGUGUGUUUUCUUUGCUGCUGUUACUCAGCAGGAGAAAACAAGCCAACUCAAACGUUUGUAAUUCCUCACAGUCACAUGGAUGUUGGCUGGGUUUACACUAUUCAGGAGAGUAUGCACGCCUAUGCAGGUAAUGUGUACACCAGUGUGACUGAGGAGCUGUCAAAAGACCAGGGUCGCAGGUUCAUCGCUGUGGAGCAGGAGUUCUUUCGACUGUGGUGGGAUACCGUGGCCACAGACUCCCAUAAGAAACAAGUACGACAGCUCGUAAAGGAGGGACGGCUUGAGUUCAUCCUCGGAGGACAAGUGAUGCAUGACGAGGCUGUAACCGAUCUAGAUGACGAGAUACUUCAAUUGACAGAGGGACACGGCUUCCUUUACGAGACGUUCGGGGUGCGUCCUCAGUUUUCCUGGCACGUGGAUCCAUUCGGAGCCUCUGCGACCACGCCGGUCCUCUUCGCCCUGGCUGGGUUCAACGCGCACCUCAUCUCCCGGGUCGACUAUGACCUAAAAGACACCAUGCAGAAAGACAAGAAACUACAGUUUGUAUGGAGAGGUUCUCCCUCUCUUAAGGAGAAGCAGCAGAUUUUCACUCACACUAUGGACCAGUUUAGCUACUGCACCCCAUCCAACCUGCCAUUUUCCAACAGCUCUGGUUUCUAUUGGAACGGAGUCGCCUUGUUCCCCGACCCCCCUAAAAAUGGAGUUUACCCCAACAUGAGCCUGCCCGUCACCAAGGAGACGAUACACGCCUAUGCCAAGACGAUGGUGGAUAACAUCAAGCAGCGGGCCGCAUGGUUUAGAACAAACCAUGUGCUCUGGCCAUGGGGCUGCGACAAACAGUUCUACAACUCAUCGGUCCAGUUCAACAACAUGGAUCCUCUGAUGAAGUACAUCAACCAGAACAGCGAAGAGUUUGGGGUGACGGUUCAGUACGCCACCCUCAGCGAAUACUUCCAAGCCAUCUACCAAUUAGAUGUUGUCUGGGAGCUCCGUGGCAGUGAAGAUUUUCUACCAUAUUCCACUGAGCCUUACCAGGCGUGGACGGGGUUUUACGCCUCCAGGAAUGUCCUGAAAGGCAUGGCACGGCGGGCCAGCUCCCAUCUACAUGCAGCGGAGACUCUAUUCGCCCGGUACCGGAUCAGCUUCCCUGACGGACCUGUAGCUAAAGACUGGGCUCUGGAGAAACUGAGGGUGCUGCGCUGGGCUGUAUCAGAGGUCCAGCACCAUGAUGGCAUCACUGGCACUGAGUCUCCUAAAGUGGCGGACAUGUACAUGCAGCAUCUCACGCAAGGCAUGAUGGGAGUGGACGAACUUCUGGCUGCGCUCUUCCUGCUGCCCUACAACCUGGAAUCACCCGGGAUGCUCGGCAGCCGCCGCCAAAGAAAAGGGGUUCAUCACGCUCUGGAGCAACAUGUGAUCGUCUACAACCCGUUAGCUUGGAACAUCACCACCAUCAUCAACGUCACCGUAACCUUCCCCAAUGCGGCUGUCUUUGAUGAUGACGGACAACCAGUGCCUGCGCAGAUCCAGAGGUCAUCUCAGUCCAAUUUGACCUACGACCUUUUCAUCGUGGUGGAUCUCGGAGGCCUUCAGGCCAAAAAGUACCUGAUCAAAUUGUCUGAGGAGAAAUGCUCCGGGAGGUCCAAGUGUGGCUGGACGUAUGAAGCCAAAGGGGUUCAGUUUGAGAGACGCUUCACCCGGGACUCAUCGGAAACAGGAAGGAGGCUGCUGCCCGUCCUGAGUGAAUGUUACGAGCUGGUGUUUGACCAGGAUACAAAUCUACUGCACAGCAUCACACAUCUCCAAGAGAAAAGGAGAGUCCUGAUGACUCAGGAUUUCUGGGAAUACCAGGCGAAUGGAGACGUAAAAGCCGGGCCCAUCUCUGACAACUACAUCUUCAGCGCUAACGGGUCAGCUGUGCGGGCCUACCGGGCGGUGGAGAUGGAGAUCAUCCCGGGGAAGAUAGUGACGGAGAUCAGGCAGUACUUCUACAGAGAGGAAGGUGAUAAAGACUACACUUACUCCAUCAUAACCCGAGUCCCAGAAUGCUUUGGGGGAAGUCUGCAGUGUCACAGGCUGGAGCAGACGUACUGGGUGGGUCCGCUGCAUCUCAACACAGAGGUGGUGCUCAGAACCAGCUCCUCCCUAAAGAACAACAGGACCCUGUACACCGAUGAUAACGGCUAUCAGAUGAUGAAGAGGACAUACAGGAAGUUCACUAACAACACGUUAGCUAGAAAUUACUACCCCAUGGUUCGGGAAGCUUACAUCGAGGAUGAGCUCAGCAGACUGGUGCUGGUCAGCGACAGAGCUCACGGUGUGUCCAGCCAGGCCAACGGGCAACUGGAGGUCAUGCUCCAUCGCCGUCUUUGGAACAACCUUCCCUGGAACCUGGGCUACAACCUGACCCUGAACGACAGCUCGGUGGUGAGGCCCGCGCUGUGGAUGAUGCUGGGCUCCCUCAGCACCACCUCCAGGCUCCACCAGAGGGAGGCCAUAGAGCUGCAGCACCGACCUGUCGUCAUGCCCAUCGACCAACCUCAGAAGCCUUGGCAUGAGGAGAAACCCAGAGGACGCUCUCCGGUGCGUUCGGUGGUCCUGCCGCCCAACCUCCACCUGCUCAGCUUCAGUAUCCCCGGCUGGAACUACAGCUCUAAACAUGACGUCCACCUCAGCCACAUAAACUCAGGUAAGGACUUGCACUCGGAGCCAGACUACGACCGGGUCCUGUUGAGAAUCAUGCAUCUCUUUGAGGAGGGGGAAGACCCAGAGCUCUCAAAGCCAGUCACCAUAAACUUAAAGGACGUUCUUCAGGGCAUUGGGGAAGUGAAAGUGCUGGAGGAGCGUUCUCUCACAGGAACCUGGGACAUCACCACGCUGCAGAGGUGGAAGUGGAAGACUGAAGAUAACUUAGAAUCAAACAACACCAUGUGUCGGAGUGGUGGUGAUGGAGCUUUCAAUGUGACCAUCUCUCCCAAAGAGAUCCGAACUUUCUUCAUUCACUUUGCCUCUAAGAACUUUUAGGCUGACCUGUCUUCUGUGAAGAUAGCUUGUGACGAUGCUUUUAACAACUUAUACACUGUUGGUAAAUGCUUAUUUUUGCACAUUUUGUUAAUUUGUUGACUGAUUGAUUGAUUUCCUGUUGAUUGACACUGAAUAAAGUCAUUAUUUUUGACAUUUUCAA